AACACGAAAAAACUUUUCUGUCCAGCCAGCUGUCAUGACAGGAAUGAGCGAGUGGGGCAUGAACUGUGCAGUCCGAUUGUGGAGGAGGAUGGAAGUGUAAGAUUUGCUUGUGGAAACAGAGCUUUAGAGUGGCCUUUACAGCGUUAAAAAAUAAUGAAGAGGAGAGAGAGAGAGAGAGAGAGAUAAAAUUCAUCUGUAGCAGUUUUAACAUUGCUUGUACAUAGCUUUCUCAUCGUUUUUACCUCUAUCCACUUCUGUGUUUGUAGAGCUUCAGUCAGGCUCCCAUUUAUUAUGAGAGAUUUUACAUAAGUUAAUUUUAUUAUUUUAUCAUUGCCGAAGGUGUCUACAGCAUUUUUCUAACCCUGUAGCAUAGUCCAGUUUUGAUCUUCAGCUUAUUCCUCAUUGUCUUAAGCCUGCAAAAUUAUGCCAAUAGCAUUGCCAAGCAGCACGACGUCGAUGACGACAAGGUAUUGAAUUAAUCUUAUUUUAUUAUGGUCCCGUCAGUGUACGGAAAUGUAACCGAGCCUCCCUGACAGCACUAACGUACAGGAAAGGAUUUUUUUCUGUGAGGCAGACCUCAAAAACGUUUGUAACUUAGCAGAAUAGUCGUAAAUCAGAUCUUUUUCCGUUUCACUUUGUUCCUAGCUGACGGUUUUCUGUAGAUUUGAAUAUCAAAUGCACAGAGCUUUGAGUACUGCUUUCUUAUGUUCUAUUUUGGGAGAUACAAAAAUAGUUUUGACACAGCGUGAGACCGCUAUAAGCAUCGUCAGUCACUCAGUUAACAACAGACUGUUACUACGACCCCGAAAAUUUGAGUAACGUGCUACAAAAUUAACGCGUUUUUUUUUCUUUCAUGGUUGCUGUAGAACAACAGAGAUGUAGCAGCGGGCAUUGUUGUGAGGUUUGCUAGGGAGAAAGAAACGAACCAUAUACUGUUUCAUCCGAUAAAAAGACAGAUAAGUGCGCACGAGCACAUGUGUGCACAGCUGUGCGAGCAAAAAAAGAAAAAAAAAGACAUAUAAAAGGAAACAUGACGUUUAUACGACACUGCGUACAAACAGCGCUGUUUGAAGAAGUGAAACGGUUGAGUGUUUAUUGUAGCUGGUGAUGUGGAUUUUAUGACACUUUCUGUAAUCUACAGAAAAUGGCAAGUGCUUUUCCAGCCGUAUCUCCAGCUAAUGAUCCACUCAAGGAUGAAGAUGGUUACGACGAGGUACUUCAACUUGAGCCUCAAGAUAAAAAGCCUAAUACCAAGAACCCGAAAUCUCGCUGGCGGACAGUAAACAUCAUGAGCAACACAAGUCAUAUUUUGAUGCUGUUGUUCACAGUGUACGUGUUGAUUUUAAGUUUUGGUGAUUAUUCAUUUUUUUCGUGGCAUCCAGCGUUAAUGACACUCGGGUCACUUCUCUUCAUGGGUGAGGCAGUUUUGGCGAUUUCGACUGGGAACUGGCUGACUUCAAGACUGAACAGGAGAAACCGCAUAACAGCUCAUUGGGUAUUGCAGGCCAUAGCUGCUGCCUGUAUUUUUGCAGGAUUUUUGAUAAUAUUUAUUAAUAAAAACAGAAAUGGAAAAUUACACUUUCAAUCUCUCCAUGGAAUAGUGGGUCUAGUUUCUGUGAUAUUUGUUGGAAUAACCAGCAGCGGAGGCGUUGCUGCAUUGUAUACAACGCGCUUGAAAGACAUAAUUAAACCAGCUAAAGUUAAAUUUGCACACAAUGUUUUUGGCAUUAUUACAUUUGCCAUUGGAAUAGCAUCAACAAUACUUGGUAUUUAUUCAGGAUGGUUCACAAGACAUUCAAAUACAUUAAUGCAGAUAGUUUCUGUAAUAGUUGUUACACUAGCAAGCAUUUUUGCUGUGAUAAAUGCUUUUAAAUCUGCAUAUUCCAGAUUUGUCAACAUGGUACAAGGUCAUUAAACUGAUGCGCUAUGGUUAAAUUGUGCAUUUAUGGUGAGAGAUCAUUUUGAGUUGUUUACAUUGAAACUAUACGGAUUUUCAGUAGAAUGUUAACAAGUAUUAUACAAUAAUCACUAUUUUUGUGAUGUGUGUUUGUUGCAUGCUAACAAACAUGAUCUAUUGUUUCAAAGCAGUUGUUGAAAUAACUUUUUUCAGAAGGAAGUUAAGACCAAGUAUUGACCAAAAACAGUGUAUUUGUUAAAUAUGUAUACUGAAAAUUAGUAAAUAAGAUCUAUCCCCUCAAAUCA